GAUCUGAGCGAGUUAAAUUCAACAACAGUGAAGAGCCCCACCAACACUGUGGCAGUGCAGAACCUCAAAGCUGGCACCAUCUAUGUCUUCCAGGUGCGGGCUCGUACUGUGGCCGGGUAUGGCCGGUAUAGUGGCAAGAUGUAUUUCCAGACCAUGACUGAAGCCGAGUACCAGACCAGUGUCCAGGAGAAGCUGCCGCUCAUCAUUGGCUCCUCUGCAGCAGGACUGGUGUUCCUCAUUGCUGUUGUUGUCAUCGUUAUUGUGUGCAACAGAAGACGUGGCUUUGAGCGCGCUGACUCCGAGUACACCGACAAGCUGCAGCACUAUACCAGUGGCCACAUGACUCCAGGGAUGAAGAUUUAUAUCGAUCCGUUCACCUACGAAGAUCCCAAUGAGGCUGUCAGGGAAUUUGCAAAAGAAAUUGAUAUCUCUUGCGUCAAAAUCGAGCAGGUGAUUGGGGCAGGGGAGUUCGGUGAGGUGUGCAGCGGGCAUCUCAAGCUUCCUGGCAAAAGAGAGAUCUUUGUGGCCAUCAAGACCCUGAAGUCUGGUUACACAGAGAAGCAGAGACGGGACUUCUUGAGCGAAGCCAGCAUCAUGGGGCAGUUUGAUCAUCCCAACGUCAUCCACCUGGAGGGGGUGGUGACCAAGAGUUCACCAGUCAUGAUCAUUACUGAGUUCAUGGAGAAUGGCUCACUGGACUCCUUCUUGCGGCAAAACGAUGGGCAGUUCACAGUGAUCCAGCUGGUGGGCAUGUUGCGGGGCAUCGCAGCAGGCAUGAAGUACCUGGCUGAUAUGAACUAUGUGCACCGGGACCUGGCUGCCCGCAACAUACUGGUGAACAGCAACCUGGUCUGCAAAGUGUCUGACUUCGGGCUCUCCCGUUUUCUGGAGGACGACACCUCUGAUCCCACCUACACCAGUGCACUGGGUGGGAAGAUCCCAAUACGGUGGACGGCUCCUGAGGCAAUUCAGUACCGAAAAUUCACAUCAGCCAGUGAUGUGUGGAGCUACGGAAUAGUCAUGUGGGAGGUGAUGUCAUAUGGAGAGCGGCCUUACUGGGAUAUGACCAAUCAAGAUGUGAUAAAUGCCAUUGAGCAGGACUAUCGGUUGCCACCGCCUAUGGAUUGUCCAAAUGCCCUGCACCAGCUAAUGCUUGACUGUUGGCAGAAGGAUCGAAACCACAGACCCAAAUUUGGGCAAAUUGUCAACACUUUAGAUAAAAUGAUCCGAAAUCCUAACAGUCUGAAAGCCAUGGCACCUCUCUCCUCUGGGAUGAACCUCCCCCUACUUGACCGCACAAUCCCUGAUUAUACCAGCUUCAACACUGUGGAUGAAUGGCUGGAUGCCAUCAAGAUGAGCCAGUACAAGGAGAGUUUUGCCAGUGCUGGCUUCACCACCUUUGACGUAGUAUCUCAGAUGACUGUAGAGUAA